GCGGACACGGUACCGAUACGGCUCAGCCUGCGGAGGCGACGUGUCUAAAUACGCGCGGUCCGUCAAAAACACAGGGAGUCGCGCCGUGUGGACUGAACGCCGAGGGUGUCCAAGAUGACACCCGUCCGUAUUUUAUUCUGCCUGGCAUUGUUUAUAUGGCGCGGCAGUGCCGACGAUACCGGUAUGGAAAAUAUUGUAACAGAGAAGAAUGCUGAGGAAAGCCACCGGCGGGACAGUGCCGACCUGCUCAUAUUCAUCUUGCUCCUUACCCUAACUAUUUUAACAAUAUGGCUCUUCAAACACCGCAGAUUCAGGUUUUUACAUGAAACCGGAUUAGCUAUGAUAUAUGGGCUGCUGGUGGGUGUGAUCCUUCGGUAUGCAAUCCACGUGCCUCGUGACAUCAACAACGUGACCCUGAGUUGCCAGGUGAACGCCAGCCCGGCCACGCUACUCGUGAACGUGAGUGGACGUUUCUACGAGUACGCGCUGAAGGGUGAGAUCAGCGCCAGCGAGGUGCAGGAGGUGCGGGACAACGAGAUGCUCAGGAAGGUGACCUUUGAUCCAGAGAUAUUCUUUAACAUUCUCCUGCCUCCCAUCAUCUUUCACGCUGGUUACAGCCUGAAGAGGAGACACUUCUUCAGGAACAUCGGCUCCAUCCUGGCCUUCGCCUUUGUGGGGACACUCAUCUCGUGUUUCGUCAUUGGGCUGCUGAUGUAUGGCUUUGUGACGCUGAUUGCACGUGUGGGUCAGUUGGGUGGGGACUUCUACUUCACCGAUUGCUUAUUCUUCGGCGCCAUCGUCUCUGCCACGGAUCCAGUGACAGUGCUGGCCAUUUUCACGGAGCUGCAGGUGGAUUCAGACCUUUAUGCCAUGCUGUUCGGAGAGAGUGUACUCAAUGACGCAGUUGCAGUCGUGCUGUCCUCGUCCAUCGUCGCCUACCAGCCGGCUGCGGCGAGCAGCCACUCCUACGACGGCAUGGCGGUGCUGAAAUCCUUCGGCGUGUUCCUGGGGGUGUUCAGCGGCUCCUUCGCGCUGGGCGUGUCCACCGGCAUCUUGACCGCCUUCGUCACUAAGUUCACCAAACUGCGGGACUUCCAGCUCCUGGAGACGGCGCUCUUCUUCCUCAUGUCUUGGAGCACCUUCCUGCUGGCUGAGGCCUGUGGGUUCACAGGGGUUGUGGCAGUUCUGUUUGGUGGGAUAACUCAGGCUCACUACACCUAUAACAACCUGUCUCCAGAGUCCAAAACCCGGACCAAACAGUUAUUUGAGCUGCUGAACUUCCUAGCGGAGAAUUUCAUCUUCUCCUACAUGGGCUUGACGCUGUUCACCUUCCAGAACCACAUGUUCAACCCUUUGUUCAUCAUUGGGGCAUUUCUGGCCGUGUUCUUGGGCAGGGCUGCCAACAUAUACCCACUGUCAUUCCUGCUCAAUCUGGGACGCCGAAACCGCAUCAGGAACAACUUCCAGCACAUGAUGAUGUUUGCAGGCCUACGGGGGGCCAUGACCUUCGCCCUGUCCAUCCGGGACACGGCCAACUACGCCCGGCAGAUGAUGUUCUCCACCACGCUGCUCAUCGUCUUCUUCACCGUCUGGGUGUGUGGUGGGGGCACCACACCCAUGCUGUCAGUGCUGCACAUCCGAGUGGGGGUGGAUUCCGACAAAGACUCGGUGAAUGCUCUGGAAUUCACAGAGCGCAGGAGCACCAAACAGGAGAGUGCCUGGCUGUUUAGACACUGGUACAGCUUUGACUCCAACUACUUGAAGCCCCUCCUCACACACAGCGGCCCGCCCCUCACAGCCACGCUGCCCAGCUGGUGUGGUGGUCUGGCACGAUGUCUCACCAGUCCCCAUGCAUACGAGAAUGAAGGCCGGUUAAAGGAGGACGACUCGGACUUGGUGCCCCAGGACGGCCUGGUGUACAGCGACGGGGCAGCUGGCUCGGCCACCAUGCUGCACCCCUGCCCUGCCUCCGGCCCCAUAGAGGCUGCGGACAGCAAGCUGGCCACCCUGGGGACCCAGCUGGUCCUGCCUGUGGAGCACUCAGAGGCCCCCCGCGAUCUCCUCCGCCACAGGGAGGACAUGUACAGAGGACACAAUGGCAACACUGUGGAUGGGACUUUGGCGCCCCAAUAUCAUCACUGAGGAGGAUGCUGGGGACAGAAAGGCAGGCUGUGGAAGAGGGGAGGAGCCCAACGGCGGCAGCCCGCUGCAGGAAACGACUCGAUAUGACUAGUAAAAACAGUUAAGAGCCCGCCAAAGUGCGAACAUUCUGGACACAAAUGAGACUAAGGGGUACUCUGCCCAUCGGAAGAUCGGCUGUACGGUGUCACGUGACACAAAACAGAGCGGGGCGUCUGGUGGGCCAUUGUCAUGGCAAUGUUAUGCAGAAGGAAGGUGGUGCAGUAGUGAAUUGUGAUGUGCUCAUUGCUGCCUCCAUCUUGUCACCUCCGGCAUUGCAGGAACUCCGUAUACACUUGUCCCUUUUGUUGUAUCUCCUUUUUAUAAACGCUGACAGCAUGACGUGCCUGGUGUCAUGUUCCUAGACGUGUCUCUCCAUGUGGAAGGUGGAUGAUCCAGAUCAAUCCUGUUCCACUUGUGGCUUGUUUUACGACUCCGCCGUGAUGUUAAAUGCAUGCCCUGCCUUUUUAAUUUAAGGCAUUUUGAAAUGAAGAUUGUGAAAAAAAAACAAAUGAUUAAGCUAAGAACAGCCCAAGCUGUCAUCACAGUCAUGGGUCUUGAAAGCGGCCACUUGACAAUCUUGUCACCGCACUGUGGGAUCACUGGUUAGAUAUUCUGGUUUGCCAUCGCCUCCAAAAGCUGGGAUCGGUUUUUCUCUGCCUUGUUAUUGGUCUUUAUUUUUUAUUUGGGCAGAACUCUAUUGAGCCUUAUCAAGACUGUUGGAUCAAUAGAUAUUUUGCAUCUGUAACCAGCAGGUACAGAAAUGACAUCAUUCUUUCACAUUGUUGAUGAUCAUGUGGCUGCAUUUUCAUGUUUUGUUUCUGGAAGUAUCAUAAGGACAGAUUUUGUUCAGUUAGCAAAAUAUACAUGUAUGUGAUUCUGUAAACCAAGAUUCAAGAUCUUUUACUGGUCAAGUGCAGCAAGGGCACUGGGAUGCCUACUGGUCCAGCCACACCCAAUAAAUAAAGACUAAAUAGACAACAGACAAAUAGAUGUGCAAUACCACAGUGAAGAGGAGUAACACUUAGAAAUGGUACAAUUCACAGAAAGUGCAGAGUGCAGUAAUAUUGGGCCAGACUGUUUACACAGGGGAGUCGUUGGAUCAGACACUGAGGUAUGAGUGUGAAUCGUAAUAUCUGUCUCAGGAGGACUUCAAAAGCACAUCACUGGCAUAGUUCCCCAAGGGGGGAGGGGGUGUUACUCCUGCCCUGCUGCUAACCUCCUAAAUAAAGUCAUGGGUAUGUGUAGUAAUGGCUAAAUGAAGCUUCAUGAACCAUUCGCUGUAUUUUUUGACCCCACUAGAUGGGGCUCUUGGUUUACUAUGGGGCAUGCUUUGAGAACUUUUUUGAAUAGAGAGCACCAUCUAGUGGGGUCAAAAAAUACAGCAAGUGGUUCAUGAAGCUUCAUUUGUCCAUCACUGUGUAUGUAUAGGCUCUUGUCCUCCCUUGCACUGACGUGCUAUUUGAGGUGUGAAGAUUGACACUUUGAUGCCAACGGCAUAUCAGAUGGCUGUAGCUAAUGUGAAUGGUUUUAAGAAAUAAACAAGCCCAAAUCUGAAGAAAAAGACGCCUCACUUGCAGCACAAAACAUCUGACUAGAUUAGUCCAUAGGCCAACGUGUAACAGUCAUUGUUUUGCUGCUCUGUUUAAAUCGUCACUGCUGUUGAUCAUCUGAGCCAGGAAAUCGUAGGGACCAUUCUGACGCUGUGUUUGUUUUGAGAUGUAACCGCCAGUUUUUUGUGCUGAUAUUGUUUGCUGUGUGUCUCAGCGUGUCCAUGUCCAUCUGGCCCUCAGUCCCCUUGUGGGGAAGUUCCCGGAGGCUUGCGGACAUUCACCAAACUGUCAAUAAAAGAGCCCAGUGCGGAUUUGGGUAUAAAGAGA